CCUGCCCACUGCAAAUGUCUUCUCUAGGAAAGUUGAGCCACAGUUAGAUAGUUUCAGACCCUCGCUCCUGCUGACUGCUGCUCGGGCUUCUCAACUUGAAGGAAAGAAAGGCUGAAACACAACAUGAGGGUGUGGAUCAUCUUUCUUCUUUGCCUAUCCGGCAAGGCCUUGGCUGCUCCUAUGGAGGAGGAUGCCAUCGCCGUAGACGACCCAGCUGCUGUUGAGGAGCCUGUUGUGGAGGAGGAGCUCCCUGUGGAGGAGGAGUACCCAGUGGAGGAGGAGGUCCCUGCGGAGGAGGAGGUCAUCAUUGAGGAGGGCGACGAGGUUGGAGUGAACCCCGUUCAGGUGGAGACUGGAGAGGAGGAGGCCUUUGAUGAAGCCAUCGAUGCCGAGGAAGUCAUCACCGAGAAUCCCUGCCUGAACCACCACUGCAAGAAGGGAAAGGUGUGCGAGGUUGAUGACACCAACGCCCCCAUCUGCGUGUGCCAGGACCCCACUACCUGCCCUGCUGCCGUUGGAGAGUUUGAGCAUGUGUGCGGCACUGACAACAAGACCUUUGACUCCUCCUGCCAUUUCUUCGCCACCAAGUGCGCCCUGGAGGGAACAAAGAAGGGACACAAACUGCACCUCGACUACAUCGGACCCUGCAAAUACAUCGCCCCUUGCCAGGAGAACGAGCUGAAGGAGUUCCCCCUGCGCAUGAGGGACUGGCUCAAGAACGUCCUGGUCACCCUGUACGAGCGCGACGAGGACAACAACCUGCUCACCGAGAAGCAGAAGCUCAGGGUGAAGAAGAUCUACGAGAACGAGAAGAGGCUGCAGGCUGGAGAGCACACCCUGGACCUCCUGGCUCUGGACUUCGAGAAGAACUACAACAUGUACAUCUUCCCCGUCCACUGGCAGUUCGGUCAGCUGGAUCAGCACCCCGUUGAUGGGUACCUGACCCACACGGAGCUUGCUCCUCUGCGUGCUCCUCUGAUCCCCAUGGAGCAUUGCACAACCAGCUUCUUCGAGAUGUGCGACGCUGAUAGCGACAAAUACAUCGCCCUGGAGGAGUGGGCCCAGUGCUUUGGCCUCAAAGAGCAGGAUGUCGACAAGGACAUGGUCAUCUAAAUAUUCCUGCAAGCUUCUUUGACGCUUCCUAGUUUUGAUUGGGAGAGGUGCUAAAAAAACCUAAAUUAAAUUUCUACAGUAAUGGUGCUAAUGGCAAAUCCUAACAGUGUACCUAUACCACUAACAAAAGAAGAAAAACAUGUGCACAGUACACAUUAUCCAACAUGCCAUAAUGGUAGAGUGCUUUUACGUUUUGCCUUUCUUGUUUGUGCAGAUUGAAAGAGAGCGUGUUGCAGGAAUGUGCAGGGUAGGGCAGUCGUGGAAGGAGCGAAUGCAUGUAACGGCUUGGCAGUAAUGUUGGCAAACUUGUAAAAAAGUAAAACGGGUGCACAAAGAGAUAUAUAUUUUUUUCACUCGAUCAGGGCUUUUUUCUGAAAGAAUUCAUGAGGAGAAGAAUUGUAAAAUUGAAAUAAAAGACACAAAAUAAAUGUCCCUUCUGCUUGCUUUAUAAACUUAUAGUGGUAUUUGUUGCACUUUCGGGUGGUGGAUUCAUUUGAGGUUAUCGUGUCCUUAUGAGUAGACAAAGAUGCUUCUUUAAACUUGAGCCCUGGACUUAAAGAAGUUUUAUUUUAUUUUAUUAAUUUUAUGUGCUUUAAUGGCUCUUGUUUCAAACUCGGGUCAACAUGUUGAGUGUACUGAUAUUCAAACAAUAAAAAGGAUGUAUAAUUUGAACUGAGGAGGAUGGAAUCUCGCAGGGUGAGACUAUUUCUCCUUCUAACUUGUUCGCUUUUAUCGUUUUCAUAUUUUUUGCAACAGUGUGAGUAUUAUAAACUCUCUACAUGAAUAAAAACUACUGAUUUUUUCCAACCCGA